UAGAAACAUGACUUUUUUUUAUAUGAUGCAGAUAUAUACUCCAUUGUUGGUCUUCUUCAAUCCUUAACAAUGAAUGGAUCUGACAAUAUCACUCCUUCCGGACCAAAGUUGAUGACUCUGCCUUCACCUGUCUUCUCCUCCAUGCCACCCUCACAUGACUACUCCUCCUUGCCCCCAUUGAGCCCUUCUCCGUCGUCAUUCCGUCGUAAUUCAUUACCAUCGAUGAGCCUUUCUCCGUCUUCUCAUGUGGAAAAUAGAGACUCUUCCAUUAGGGCUAAUAAGAAAAACCAUUCAUUGCCUCCUUUGGGUGUAAAGAGAAGAGCAGCCAAAGACAUUGAACCUUUAAGGAGACACAACAGAAGUGUUUCACUGGACAGUUGUUUCAGUGACUUACCGAAGUUGCCUCCUUCUCCGGGUAACGUUUCCUCUUCCAGUUCGGUUGAUGGAGACGAGAAUGCUUCCGACCUCGAGUUUGGUAGCAGUGAUUAUACUGAUGAUGAGUUGAAUAAGAUCGCAGAGAGUCCCAAACUUCAAGAGGUUAAAUCUGAUCCUAAGAAAGUCAGAAGAAUCUUGAAAAAUCGAGAGGCAGCGGCACGUUCAAAGCAGAGGAAAUUACAGUACAUUAUUGACUUGGAAUAUAGUGUGAACUUUCUUGAGAAAAGAAAUACUUCAAUAUAUGAAAAGAUCAAGCUUUUGGAGAAUGAUAAAACAAUGAUGAUGAAUGAGAAGAAGGAAAUCACUAUUCGAAUUGAAUCGAUGGAGCAACAAGCGCAACUUCGUGAUGCCUUGACUGAACAAUUGCAAGCGGAAAUUGAAAGGCUACAUGCGGUUACAAUUUCAAAUGAAAAAGGGAAUGUGGAAGCCCAACGGCUAAAGGAGAUACCAUGCUUGAACAAAAAAAUGAGUGCAGAUGUUGAUCAAAUGCUGGAGAUGGAAACAUGUGAAGUAUUGCAGAACCAUCGCGAAUUUGACAGAUUAAACAUGCAACCAAUGGACCCAAGCAUGUUCAAUUGGUCGCACCCAAACCCUGGUUUUUAUGGAUAAAUAUAAGGAAGUUGAGGAGACUUUAGAAAUUCUAUGGGAUCAACGAUUCAAGUUAUAGUUCGUUUAAGUUAUUCCAUAGUAUCUAAUUUAUGUUAUGGGUCAUGCUGAGAGUAAAAAUGAUGGUAACCGUGAGGCUUCCUUCAGACGAUAUGACCUUUUUAUUUCUGUUUUGUUUUUUCAGUUCUGUUUCUUUUUUUCAAUAAAGCUAUGUUUGUUUUUUUUACUAGGUCCAAUACUUGCCCAUACAUGUGGGGUUUUCUGUCCGUAAUUUUAUUUUUCUAUAACGAUUUAAAUAGUUUGUAUUAUACUAUACUUUUACCUAAUUUAUCAUCUAAGUAAUUGAUUUUUCUUUACUUAAAAAACGAAAUUUGCUUGAAAGUUAUAAGUUAGGCAAAUAUUUUUAUAUAUUAAAAAGAAACAUUGUCUUAUGUAAUAUGUCAAAACACUAAUAAUUACAUUGCAUAUUAUUUUAAUUAAAAAAUAAUAGUUAACUCUUUGUAAGAAAAUAUAUAUAAUUAAUGAACAAUUCUUGGGUUGAACCCUUGUAUUCAUCUCCUUUAGUUUUAGCCAAUCAUUAUGUCAUAUCAUAUAACAUUUAAAUAAAAGUUAAAACUUAAACAA